AUGUCGAUUAUCAAUGCCAACCCAGUGCUGCAAAAAUACUACGCAUCUCUCGAAUCACGCAUUGGUUACAGACUCUUCCUGAACGGCACGAGACAUUAUGGCUACUACGAGACCAAAGACUCCUUCCCACUACCCGUCGGUCAAGCCUUGCGACGCAUGGAAGAGCAGCUCUUCCUCGGCCUGCAAUGUCCCCCAGGCGCAAAACUGCUAGAUGCUGGCUGCGGCAUUGGUCACGUCGCCAUAUACAUGGCAAAGAGGGGCAACUAUCGCAUCGAAGCAAUCGAUGUGGUUGCACGUCACGCAGAAAAGGCAAAGCGCAACAUCGCUGCUGCUGGCCUGAAAGAUGUGGUCGUCGCGAAGCAUGGGGACUACCACCAUUUGGAAGACUACGAAGACAAUUCAUUGGACGGUAUCUACACUAUGGAAACACUCGUCCACUCCACGGACCCUCUGUCUGUCCUGAAAGAGUUUCACCGCAUCCCGAAGCCCGGCGGACGACUCGCAAUGAAUGAAUACGAUCACGAAGACCUGGACAAGGCCGCGAAAGACCUGUCCGACGCGAUGAGGAAGUCCUUCGACCGCGAUACACUCCCGAAACUGGUCAAGCAAGCUGGCUUUGAAGAGAUGGAGCUCAAGGACUUCUCAAAACACAUCCAGCCUAUGUUGUGGCUCUUCUACAUUUUCGCCAUCAUUCCGUACACAAUCUUCAGGUUGCUGGGCAUUGAAACUUAUUUCGUCAAUACCAUUGCUGGUGUGGAAGGGUGGCGUGGUCGAGACCUCUGGCGGUACACCCAGGUUACUGCCAAGAAGCGUGGCUGA